GCUGUCAAGAGUGUCAAAAGCUCGAUUCUGUCUUUCACGUCUCCGAAGAUACAUGAGCCACACGCAAGGCGUCCGUGAUCGUGGGAUUCCUGCAGAACCAGCUUUGCACUCUCAGCCAUAUUACAGGGUAAUGCAAGUUGGCUUCGGCUUGCGGUCGACAAUCUCUGUAGGAGAGCCUUCUCAACGUGGUCGCAGGGUGAUGGAGCUAUGCCUCCAACUAACGACAUCGUUACAAGACGCGACCACGCCCAGUGGAUCGAGUUGAGGUUCGAUCCUUGCGUGAAGAGCUUGGUAACACUUGGCUCGAACUUUGCAGUGCCUAACACACUUUGUACCGAGCCGUUUCGGAUUGCAGCCUACAACAGAGUGGGAUCCUCGUCGAGGAAUGUGCUUUGGUCUAGGGUCUAUCUCCAAAGAAGUCCGGAGUCAAGUACCCUGUUGGAAAUCUUUGACCGUGUAUAACCUUACCGUGCUACAGGUUAUGGUGUCGCUCAGACUCUGUUACAAGUACUCACUGCCAGGGACUUGUGGCCUCUGCGCGGCAGUGGAUAUGUGCGAUAUAUGCCAAGGCCCCGAAAGCAGAUGUGCUAGCUGAGGUCUUCAGCCCAAUGCAUCGAAGAACAGCAGGAUGGCAUCGCCACACUUCACUCUUGCGACGAGUAAUGCGCAG